AAUUUCUAUAUAUGACAGAAAAAAUACAUAGUGUUUUCUUCAAUCAAUCAUAUCUGACGAAACGAUGAAUUUCUAUUACAUUAUUUUGACUAUCGCCCUCUUCCAGGUCGUCAAAGCCAGGUCAGUGGCGGAUUUCGAAGAUAUGAAGGGCCUGAUCCUCGGGGAUGAAAUGGUCCUGCAACCCCCAAUCCAAAGCCUGUCCAUCUUCGACUCCUGUUUGAAUUUGAGCACCAGUUUGGAGGACGCGUUGCAUCUCUCCUGGAAGAUGAUCUCCUGGGCCUAUGAAAAGUCGCAGGUGAUCAGCUCAGAUCUCGUCAAAAUUUCUGAAUGCACUGGUUUCACAACCAUCCCCUGCAUCCAAGGACACCUCUCAGAAUUAAAAAAAGACCUCGGCGGGUUGACUACACCGAUCAGAAAGUUCCAACACGAUGCCUCGAAGCUCUUGUGGGAAAUAAAGGACGAAGUGCUUUCCUGUAUAUAAAACAAUUACGAAACACACAUGUAUAAUAUACUGUAAAUAAUUCUAAUUGAACAAAAACAAUAUACUUUUCAUUAUUUUC